AUGGUCGGCGUUCCGGGAAAAUUCAAAGGAUGCGAGACCUGCAGAUUACGCAGAGUCAAGUGCGACAACACACGCCCCUACUGUAAGAAGUGCCAUGAUACCGGCCGCGAGUGUGCCGGCUAUGACCGUGAGACAGUAUUUAUUAUCGGCACACCUCAAGAUGGCGGCCGGUGUUCGUCCCAUCCUCCACGCGUGGUCAAGCCUAAAACGCCGGCCACAACAACAGUCAACACACCCGGCAACAUUGGCAGAAGCAGUACCAGUGUCAGCAGCAGCAGCAGCAGCAGUGCAAAGAGCCGAUCCAGCCCCAAAUCACGUUCGAACUCACGGUCGGCUUCCGUGUCGAGGACGACCUCCAACUCACCUGCCGCCGCCCUAUCACCAUCGCCCUCUGUUCCUUUUUCUAUCCAUGAGCAGCAGCGGUACUUAUCCGAGUCACUUGCACCCACGCUGUCAGGCAUCAUGUCACCAGCCAAAUUCGACACAGCUGUUAUACCCAUUGAAUCCGCCAUGAUUACCCAACGGCCCAACGUAGGCAUGCUCAACGGCAUCAGCGUGCCCGAUUUAGUACUUAUCCCACCGCUGCGGUCAGCAUGGCAUGACUCCCUCGUGGUUGCCAGUGGCGGUAUCGUUCACCAGGUGCAGACAGCGGCCCUAUAUACGCAGUUGCAGUCCAUCGUCCGACACAAGGGCGACAGCGGCACCGAUGGCGGUUUUCACCUCUCGCCGUUCCCAGCGUACACGCCUACCAGUCACAAUGCGCCUUUAUCAUCAGGAUUACCGGAACAAUGGAAGGAUCCGGCCAUGCAAUUCAGCAGCGUCCGCCGAACCGGACCUGCUCGAUUCGCCACAUUUCCAGCGCACCACUUCUUUGCACGGGUCUACCGGCCAAAUGCGAUUUGGUCCGCACUGAUAUUCCGACAAAGCACGUUCCUGUCCGAUCCCGAGUGGACAUCGACGCCAUGGGAGGUCCAUCCCAAGUCCGGACUCGACCGCCUCCUCGACAUCGCAGCCCUCCUUCCCGCCGUGCUCAGCCGCGCUGACAAUGUCACAGCCCACCAGCCUACCUUGGGACGCCGGAUGAUGGCCCAGGACGUGCUGGCCAACUGCCUCUAUGUCGAACGAGUUCUUGAGCAGUGGCACGCCACUGUCCAGGAUCUAGGUAUGCGAGGCGGCUCCAGUGUCAACGGUGCUUCUACUAUGAGCCGCGCGCCGGUCGCUUUGGAUGGCAGCGUGGACGGUGGGUUUCAGAACGGUGGCACACGGACCCGGGCCAGCGGGCACGGCGCCAUCGGCAACUGGUACUGGAUUGCGGACCCAGAACACACGUCAGUGGACGCCCAGAUCCCCUUUGCCGACACAUUUGCAUUCCGCGACACCGUCACGGCCCUCAUGUUCAUCUACUAUUGGGCGACCCUCGUCCUACUGUAUCCGUGCGUCGAGAACCUCUACGAGAUCAUCUUCCAGCCCGUGCUGGACACUUUUCCGUCGCCCUAUCCCAACUUGCCAAGCAACUUACAAAUCCCAAACGGCGACCCUUCCGUCUACUACGGCCCCAAGGAGGUACGCGAGCUAGCUGGCAACGUGUGCCGUGGUCUCGAUUUUGUACUGUCCACCACUGUGCAGCCUGACCUGCUGUCGGCACCUCUGUUUGUGGUAGAGUCCUUUUACCAUAAGAUGAAUGCAACGUCGGGUGAUGGAGCACUUGAGCUGCUCUGGUGCGAGUCGUUCCGAAGUCGACUGGCGGGCAAGGGACAGUACAUCGCUGAUGUGAUACAAAACCGGCGAUGGGUAGACGUAGGGCAGUUCUAG